GAUAAUCAAGACUUUCACAUAACCCUGCGAGAACUUCUGAAUCUACCUGAUCACAUCAUCAUCGUACGCAGCAGCCAUGAGAGGCCCUAGACCCGAAGAUUUCGACUCGAACGCCGGCCACCCGACGCCUACGUUCCCCGCCGGUGGUAGCCGGAAGAAAGGCAUGGGCGUGAGGACGUGGCUGGUGCUUUGCUCGUCGGGGAAGGAGCAAGCUACGGAGGCCGGGAAACACACCAUCAUGCGUCGAACUGGCUUACCGGCGCGUGAUCUCCGGAUCCUCGAUCCGUUGUUGUCGUAUCCGUCUACCGUUCUAGGUCGCGAGAGAGCCAUCGUCAUCAAUCUGGAGCAUAUCAAGGCGAUCAUCACGGGGCAAGAGGUUUUGAUUCUGAAUUCGAAGGAUCCUUCGGUGGCUCCGUUCAUCGAGGAGUUGCAGAGGAGGAUUAGGUGUCACCAUCACGCCACUAAACCUCAGGAGGGAGUGAACACUGAGGGAGCCGCACAAGGAGAAGCUGGAACGUCACAAUUGUCUGGGGAGGAAGCCAGGAAGGAUAAGAAGCAAAGUCUUGGGAAUCAAGAUGGAUCCAAGGUUCUUCCUUUUGAGUUUGUUGCUCUUGAAGCUUGUCUUGAAGCUGCCAUCACCAGUUUGGAAAGUGAGGCCGUUAGAUUGGAGUUAGAGGCUCAUCCAGCGUUGGACAAGCUUACUAUCAAGAUCAAUACCCUCAACUUGGAGCGGGUUCGACAGAUUAAGAGUAGGCUUGUUGCAAUAACUGGGCGUGUUCAGAAGGUUAGGGACGAACUAGAAAAACUCCUAAACGAUGAUGAAGAUAUGGCUGAGAUGUAUCUUACAGAUAAGUUAGCUCAGAAGCAGCUUGAGAAUUCGACGGCUUCCUCUACUAGUGAUACCGUCGUGGUUGAUCUUCCUGAAGGAGACGAGGAUGACAGGUUUCGUGCCGAAGUUUCAUCUGAAAGCUGCCAUCGAGGAAGUGACGCUCACAACCUUCUAAUGAGAGCUCAUAGCGCACUUAGCAGAAACAGCCGUGGGACGAGCUCAACCCGGAGUGGCAUGACCAACAAACUCAAUGUGCAAGAGCUUGAAAUGCUUUUGGAAGCAUAUUUCGUGCAAAUUGAUGGUAUACUGAACAAACUAUCAACACUAACGGAAUACGUGGAUGACACGGAGGACUACAUCAACAUAAUGCUAGAUGACAAACAGAAUAAUCUUCUGCAGAUGGGGGUGAUGCUAACAACGGCAGGACUGGUGAUGAGUCUCUUUAUCGCGGUUGCGGGAGUAUUCGGGAUGAACAUUAACAUAGAGCUGUUCAAUGAUGAAGUAGCUGGUCCGGGGAAAUUCAUGUGGACAGUGGUUGGAGGUACGGCAGGAAGUUUAUUCCUCUAUUUUGGUGCCAUCGGAUGGUAUAAGCAUAGUCGUUUGCUUGAAUGAGUCAACCAAAACAUAGUGGGAGAAUAAUUGUUUCUUGCCAAAACUUAGGAUUUUUAGUUUUUAUUUUCUUAUUUACUGUUCUAGAGGAUCUUAUCUUUUCACUAUUUUCACAAUAAAGCUUAUUUAUUCUUC